UGGUGGGAACAUAGAUGGGGCUGGGAUCGGCCGGUCGUCACAUAGACGAUUUUCAGCGCAAUGGAUAAGGAUAAAGACGAUCAUGAAAAGACUGUGGAUGUUUCUAGCCAUGGUAAAGGUGACAAGAACUUGAAGAAGUUGAGAAAACGUAAUAAGAAAUUAAUGCGGGAUAUAAGACAGCAGAUGGAAUUUUACUUCAGCGAUUCGAACCUUGCAAAAGAUCGCUUUAUGAAGGAGCAGCUGAAUAAUGCAGAGGAUGGAUAUAUUGAUUUGUCAAUAUUUACAAGAUUCAACAAAAUUCGAUCGAUGACUGUAGACCUCACGGUCUUGGCAGAAUCUUUACAAAGUUCUGAUAUUCUACAGGUCAGUGACGACAAGACAAAGGUCAAGCGGGUUACAGAGGUUGCUCAACUUGAAAAUGUUGAUGACUGUACAGUAUACGUGGAGAGGUUACCAAAACAUGCUAACCAUGAUUGGGUGAAGCAGAUUUUCAAGCGGUGUGGAAAUGUAACAUAUGUCAGUAUGCCAAAGUUUAAAAAGUCGAGCAAUUUCAAAGGUUUCGCUUUUGUGGAAUUUGAUACUGCAAAGGCAGCAGAACUCGCCUGUCAGGAACUAAAUGAGCCCAUCUUGAGCAGUGAAGAAACCAAAUGUGACAUUAUUGCUCCCAUUAGCAAAUCACUUGAUAAAGGAGAUGGUGGAAAUGAAUCAUGUGCGAAAAGAAACCUGAAGGAAGUAGAGGAGUCGGAAACCGUGAAGGCAGACCAUACGACUGAAGAGCCCAGUGCAAAACGCUUAAAACUUGAUACUGAAAUCAGUAGUGACCAGAGUCACUCAGAAUCUAAUCGUCACACAGAUCCAAUCACCUCAGAAAUUAAAAAGACCAGCAAGUCACACAGCUCACAUAAGACUGAAGCAACUCUGGUGGAAAAAAGCAAGCCUCGAAAGCGACACAAAAGGCACAAGGAAAUUCCAGAGGAGUUGCAUCCUCUUAGAGUGAUGCCAAAAAAACAGUGGUUGGAGUUCAAGGUCCAGUAUCGUGCGCUGCAAAAGUUGCAGAUGGCUUCUUUGAAGGAGAGCCUUCUCAUCGGAAACACAAAGCCAGUGUCGAAACCACCACUAGUAGAGACGCCAGUGAAAGGUGCAGCACAGAUGGAAAAGGCUUCAGCUUCAUUGCUGCCAAAUCAGCUAGACAUAAAGCCUAACGUGUGUUUAAGCAUCACAAGUAAAGAGCCAAUUGAAUCACUGAAAGAGCUAAAGGUACUACUGUCUACUCGAGGAUCUGUGACUUACUGUGACAUCAUUGAAGGGCAGACUACAGGAUUUAUUCGCUGCCCUGAUGAAGAAAGUGCGGCAAAGUUGGCAUCGUCUUCAUCAUUGAAAGAAGUCUAUGACCUACAAGUGCUCUCAGGGGAGGAUGAACAAAACUACUGGAAGAAAAUUGAAGCAGAUAGACAAGCCAGAUAUGCAAAGAAGCAAAAUCUCAAAUUCAGAGGAAAGGAUAAGGUUAUCCAUAAAAUUGAAUUGGAGACCAGCAAGCGAAAACACAUUCACUUUGAGUAAGUAUAUGCAACAGUUUGGAAGGAUCAGCCAUUAAAACAUGGAGAUUAAUUCAUUUCAUGCUCAGCACAUCAUUAUGGCUUAAUCGAUCUAUGUCAGUAUCGUGUAUAUGGCUUCAUGAUGGGUAUAGUGUGAAUACUUUUUAUUCCCAACCCAUACCACAUAUUAGUUAGUGAGACUACCAUCUUGUCAACGUCUGUAUUUGUGGUCAGAGUGUUGAUGGUUGUUAUUGUUAGUAAACUGGAAACUUCAAUCGUUCAUUCUCUGUUGAUUGUGUAAUAGCUGGGCUGUAGCAUUCAGCCAAAAAUGUUAUGCGACCAAGCCUAUGAUCACAACUGUGACUGUUAAUGGUCAAUGUGAAAUUAAUAUUCAAAUUUAAGAGUUUGUUUUGGCAAUUAUGAGUAGGUAAGAUCCUACUUACUGGUCUAAGCACAUAAUACACUUUUCAACUUUUUAUUUUUUGUUUAACCUUUCAAAGCAAUAGUGUGUUAAAUACUGUAAUUGCUCUCACCAAUAGUGUAAUAUUCUGAAAUUUGGCCAUACGUUUUCAUAAGAUCCCAAUGUUGUGUAGUUUUACAAAUCCAUUUAAACUACUGUCAUGUUCGUCUAGGCCCUAGGGUUUAUUAUUAUUACGUUCACAAUACGUGUUAAAUACUGUAAUUGCAGUAACCUCUCACCUAUAGUUUAAUAUUCUGAAAUUUGGCCAUACGUUUUCAUAAGAUCCCAAUGUUGUGUAGUUUUACAAAUCCAUUUAAACCUUGUAUUGAUUGUCAGUCAGCUGCAAUGUUCUAGCAAAUUUCACUAGCUGGCUCAGCGUAAGUUU